AUGGAAGGCAUCGCGGACGGUCUUUGCGCCUACGCUGAUGAACACGGUCGAAGCGUCGACGUCCUGGACAUCGUCGCCCUCAACGCGCGCAGCGAGAUCGCGUUGGGGCAAUGGGACGACGGGUGCACCAGCCUCGCGUGGCGGUUCCGCAAUUCCGCUGGCUCUGGCUUCGAGAGGCAGCUUCUGGGCCAGAACUGGGACUGGAGAGUGGGCGUAGGGAAGAACCUAGCGAUGGUGUCGAUAGAGCAGGAUGGGAAGCCCAAGAUAUGGAUGGUCACCGAGGUGAAUUCGCUGCUCGAUUCUUUCAAUGGAAAGCGAAACUGA